CAAAACUCAAAAACCCCCAAGGCUGAGUGUGACACGUGACCAGACAUUCAAUAAAGGAGCAGGCUGAAAGUUUGCAACGAGAGAAAACGAGCUGCGAGGACGUUCAAUGAAAGGAAAAUGUCCCCUGCAACAACACAUGAGUUGGGCAAACCCCUGGAUGGUGGUUGGGGUUGGAUGGUAGUCAUUGGGGCCCAUAUUUCCAUUGGAUUUGCCUACUCCAUGCCCAAAGUCCUCUCUAUUUUCUUCAAGGUGAUACAAGCAGACUUGCAGGCCAGCUACAGUGAAAUAGCAUGGAUUUCCUCUAUUAUGCUGGCUGUCAUGUAUGCAGGCGGACCAGUGAGCAGCAUGUUGGUCAAACGCUUUGGAAGCCGGCCAGUAGUGAUGACAGGUGGACUGAUGUGUGGCGUUGCUAUGGUAUCUGCCUCUUUUGGGAACUCCAUCGUAUUCCUCUACUUUUGCAUUGGCAUCAUUGGUGGUUGUGGACUCUCCUUAAACCUGAAUGCAUCUCUCACCAUCAUCAGCAAGUAUUUUCUGGCAAAACGUCCUUUAGCCAAUGGACUGGCCAUGGCCGGGAGCCCGGUAUUUGUGUGUUUUCUUGCUCCUCUCAACCAAUAUUUACUGAACACGUUUGGCUGGAGAGGAAGUUUCCUUAUCCUUGGUGGUCUGAUGCUUAACUGUUGUGUUGCUGGAGCCCUGAUGAGGCCGGUUGUCCCGCCUCAAAACUCAUCCUCUGCACCUCAGAAGCAAGUGGAGGAACAACCAAGUAACUGCAACACUAAGCUAAAAGGAAACUGUAUGAAAACUACUAAGUUCUUGGAUUUGUCCUUCUUCAAGGAUAGAGGCUUCAUCAUUUACCUCAUCGGGAAUGUGAUGUACAUCUUUGGUGCCUAUGCACCCAUUGUGUUCCUGUCAGCCUAUGCUAUUAGCCAGGGUGUAGAGGAGUACUCUGCAGCCUAUCUGCUCUCCAUCAUGGGCUUUGUGGACAUGUUUGUUAGGCCUGCCACUGGCCUGGUAGCCAACACCAAGUGGAUCAGGCCCAGAGUUCAGUACUUUUUCGGCUUUGCCAUGGUUUUCAACGGCAUGUGCCACUUGCUGUGCCCACUGUUCACGAGCUAUUCCUUCCUGGUGGUCUACGCAGUAUUUUUUGGUGUGGGUUUCGGCAUGGUUUUCGCCCUAAUUUUUGAAUGCCUGAUGGACCUGAUGGGAAAUGAACGUUUCCCUAGUGCUGUUGGACUGGUCACCAUCAUUGAGUGCUUCCCCAUGCUACUGGGACCACCUGCUGCAGGGUUACUGGUGGAUGUCUUUGAUGACUAUAAGUACCUUUUCUACAUGUGUGGCACAGUGAUUGUGGCUGGCGGGGUCUUCCUCUUUGUCAUGAACAUCUACAACUACCACAUGCUGGAAAAAGAGAAGGCUGCGAAGGACAGAAAAACAAAAAACGUAGAGAACCAGGAACAGGAGACCAUCUCAGUGUCAGAGAUGCAACAGACUGCUUAAGGGCAGCAGGGGAGCGAACUGAGCCCGAGGCUAAAGAUAAAAAAAGGCCCCGGGGGAGUGACAUGACCAGAGAGCACUGAAGGGCCAAAUUAAAUGUCACUUCUCUACUAAGUUUGCAUGUUAGAGACACGGGUGUAUGGGUGGUAAUGCAAUGUGCUGGAACGACAGACAACAGUCUAACAGAUCUAUCCCUGAAAACACCAAACAUUUGCUAGAUCCAACUUCUGAAAUAUGCGGCAUUGCUCAGUUUUAUAUGAUUAAAUGUAUUUUGCUAUUGGAGAAGAUGUCACAAUGGACCCUAUAUAUUAUAUUUUCAGACUUUAUAGAUGAAAUGUUGAACCAAUUAAUUGAAGAAAUAACUGGUUAAUUCAUUGAUUAUUUAAAAAUGGAUUGUUGCAGACCCAUGUCAUUCAUUCAACUCUUCAGUUUGUGUGUCUGCCCGCUUGAAUGCAUGACGGUGUGUGCAGACGGCACACUGAACAGGGAUUUUCUUACCUUUACUCUGCAAUACUGCUGUAUGUGUUGCCUUAAAACUGUGAUGUGAUGUAAUACGACUGUAUUACCAUGACUUUGGCUGUGUCACCAGCAGACAGCCUUCAUAUUUUAAAGUUAUGUUUGCUGUAGUUAUUUAAAGGAUGUCUGAUGAUAUUACAUACUUUUUAAAAUUGUUAACAAAUCUCAUGAAAAGAUCUCAACCAACAAUUUCUCUAUCGUUGAGUUCUAUGGUAAAAACGGUUGCAUUGGGUGAUAUGUUCCUUUAUUACAAUGAACAUUGACUCUGUGGGGCACUUUAUAAAAAUAUGAAUUGUUCUUGUGUGCUUCAGAUAUUUUGUUAUUUUCAGUAUUUCAGUAAAACACUGGCAAUAGUUGUCAAAUACUGAAGCUGCCACUAAAAACACAGAAGUAUUAUAGAUAUAACUAGAUGUUUUAACACCUUUUUAGUUAAUUCAUUUUAAAUAGGAUGCUAAAGCUCGUAAUAAACAUACAGUUACAGUAUAACCCUGUGAUUAGUUUGUUCAUGUUACUCACAAGGGUGAUAUCGACUUAUGCUCUUUCUCUGGUUUACAGCAAAUAAUAAUACAUUUUUCUAGUCAGUAUUUAAUAGAUUUUAACUUUCAUGCUAAACCAUAUCAACUACGAUAUGUGUGCCACAGUCUUGUAAUAAUUUUGUGCUGACAUUUAGCAGUGACGUAUGUUAUGUGUGAGAAUGGAUUUGCAUGUCCUGCUAAUUGAUUUAAUGCUGUGUAGUGUAGUAUUUUAGUGUAUUGGGUGACCGUAGAAGAAUAUGAAUUACAUAUUAUUCUAAAUCUGGCUAAUAUAAGCUUUGUAUUUUAAGGUGAUGGCAGCUUUUUGAAUUCUGUGUCUGGAUUUAAUGAAAGCCACAAGUUUACUUAAAUGACAAAAGUUUGGUUAUUGCUGUAUUUCAACUUAAGACAUGUAUUAUUAAUGCUAUGAAUAACACUGAAUUGUCAAUUGUAUUAAAAUGAAUAUGCAUCUCAUUUCUUCUUUCUAUUUCUUUCUAUUUUGAGAGUAUUUUGUUCUCUCUCAGAAAAGUGUAUUGCACCAGUACAGACAGAUCUGUUUGUUGUGGCUGAUGAUUUUGUUCUGCAAAUGAGAGCGAUGAAU